AAACUUACUCAGUACUCACUGCAUGCAUUGAACAAAUGUUGCGAUAUAACACUAAGUUUUGGCGCACGUAAACAAAAAUUACAGGUCAGCGAAUAAAAACAAAAUGACAACUCCGAGGAAAAUAAGAAAACUCGACGAGACUGUCGUCAAUCGCAUUGCUGCGGGUGAAAUUAUCCAGAGGCCGGCGAAUGCUUUAAAAGAGCUGAUUGAAAAUAGUCUUGAUGCCAAAGCAACAAAUAUUCAAGUAUCCGUAAAGGAAGGAGGAAUGAAACUUUUGCAGAUUCAAGACAAUGGCACUGGCAUCCGCAAAGAUGAUUUGGACAUUGUAUGCGAACGUUUCACAACCAGUAAGCUACAAACAUUUGAUGAUCUCAAGUCUAUUUCAACUUUUGGUUUUCGAGGUGAAGCUUUAGCUAGUAUUAGUCAUGUUGCUCAUCUUACAAUAACAACUAAGACAGCAAAUGAAAAGUGUGCUUAUAAAGCAUCAUACUUGGAUGGUAAGUUGAAGGAACCUCCAACACGUUGCGCUGGUAAUCAAGGAACAAUAAUCACUGUUGAAAAUUUAUUUUAUAAUGUUGCAACACGCAGAAAAGCUUUAAAUAGUCCUUCUGAAGAAUUAUCAAAAAUAAAUGAAGUUGUUACCAGAUAUGCUGUUCACAAUCCUAGUGUAGGAUUUACUUUGAAGAAGUAUGGUGAAGCAGCAAAUCUUGUUCGUACUCCACAUUCAUCAACAAACAUCAAUAAUAUUCGUCUUCUUUUUGGAAACAACAUUGCUAAAGAACUAUUAGAAGUUAAAUUAGACGAUGCUAGAUACAAAUUCAAAUUACAUGCACUUGUGACAAAUGCAAAUUAUUCUGGUAAAAGAAUGAUGCUUUUAUUAUUCAUCAAUCAUCGUUUGGUUGAUUCCUCUGCAAUAAAAAAGACUCUUGAGGAUAUAUACUCUGUAUAUCUGCCAAAAAAGGCCCAUCCUUGGUGUUACAUUUCUUUGGAGAUAGAGCCUCAAAACGUCGACGUCAAUGUGCAUCCAACAAAAUAUGAAGUACGAUUUCUUCAUGAAGAAGCGAUUAUUGAAAAAAUAAAAAUCAGUCUUGAUGAAAAACUUGCAUCAAAUGAUGCAUCAAGAACAUUUUACAUUCAAGCCAAACUUCCACAAGUUAAUAUUACAGAGGAAGUUCUUGAAGAAAAUUUGCCUGGUACUCAAGAACAGGCAGAUAAAGACAAAACGAAAAAAGUUCACCCAAAAGAUAUGAUUAGAACAAGUUCAUCAGAUCAAAAACUGGAUAAGUUCAACUUUACUAUCAACAAAAAUGAUUUGGAGAAUCCUGAGACUGAAAAAAAUAAAAUAUGUGAUAAUGAAACAAUGGAAAAAGAAGCUUGCAAAGAUAAGGAUCCAUCAGAUAUUUCAACUGAUAGCAAGGAUGCUUCAAGUACUUCAGAUAAUCCUAAGUAUCUUUUUGAUACUUCAAAUGCGACGAAUCAAAGUGAAGUUACUGAUAAAACAGACAAUAAAGAACAUAAAUCUAAAUCAGAAUCGUUAGAAAAAAAGGCUGAAAAUCACCAAAGUUCUCAAAUAAAUAAAAAUUCAGAUAAACAAGAAACACCUGUUGGAUUCAAGUCCUAUUCAGUAAACGAAAUUCAAGUAGAAACAAAAUUGUUAAGUAUAUUAACUUUGCGGAAAGAAGUUGAAGAUAAUUUUCAUGAGGGAUUACGCGAAAGCCUAUCCAAUUUAAUUUUCGUUGGUUGCGUUGAUGACUGCUCAGCUCUAAUACAAAGUGGAGUAAAGUUAUACAUGUGUAAUACUCAAAAACUUGUUGAAGAGCUUUUUUAUCAAAUCAUGUUGUAUGAUUUUGCUAAUUAUGGAGUUAUCAAGUUCUCAGAACCAAUACCAAUCUACGAGCUUGCAUUAUUAGGACUUGAGCAUAAAGAGGCUGGAUGGUCACAAGAAGACGGUGAUAAAAAAGAACUUGCAAUGAAUGUAAAAGAACUGUUACUGGAAAAAGCUGAUAUGCUGAAACAAUAUUUUUCAAUUUAUAUCGAUAAAAAUGGCAAUCUUAAGUCUUUACCAUACAUAUUAGAGAAAUACUUUCCUUCACCAGGUGAGCUUCCUUUAUACAUUUUAAGGUUGUCAACUGAAGUGAAUUGGAGUAAAGAAAAGCCAUGUUUUCGUGCCAUAUGUCGAGAAACUGCAAGAUUUUAUUCUAAAGUAGAUACAGCAAUUGAUUCAUGGAAAUCUAUAACUGAACAUGUACUGUACAAUACAAUUAAGGAAAGUCUUUUACCUCCACCACACUUCUUACAUGACUCAACGAUUCUAGAAAUAGCUAGUUUACCUAAUUUGUAUAAAGUUUUUGAGCGUUGUUAAACAGUAUUUAAUAAACCAUAGAUAUGUAACUUAUAUUUUUUUACAAACCGUUUAAAUAAAUAAACAUUGAAUAAUCA